AGUAAGAGCUCGUUAAACUGCAGGUCAUAGUGUAUAUGUGUGUGUUUUCUUUUUCUUUUUUUAAUCCUUAGUGUUAAUUGUGUCCUGUGUGUUAAUAUCCAAAACCCCCAGGAAUAUAAUGUCUGUUUUUUUUCAUGUUUCUCAUCGGAGGACAGAUAAUAAACAAAGAACAACGCAAGCACUGACUUUUUUGUUUUGUUUUACAGUGCCUGACUGUUAUAUACACAUUAAUCUAAUAUAAUGUGUAGAUUAACUUGGCAUUUUUGGAAUUUGGAAUUGGAAACAGUUUUUUCUUCCUACUUGUAAUGGAUCAGUACACAGUUGUUAAAAUCAUCGGUGAGGGAUCUUUCGGACGUGCUCUCCUGGUUCAGUCCAAACCUGAUCAAGUAAAAUGGGUUAUGAAAGAAAUACGACUGCCAAAGGCAGGGGGCAGGGCGGAGCGCGCGCGCGCAGAGGCUGUGCUCCUGUCCAGAAUGAAGCAUCCAAAUAUUGUGAAGUUCAGAGAGUCAUUUGAAGAUGAUGGCCAUCUGUAUAUUGUUAUGGAGUUCUGUAGCAGGGGUGAUCUUUUCCAAAGAAUGCAGGAGCAAAAGGGCUCACUGUUUCCUGAGGAUUUGAUACUCAGGUGGUUUUCGCAGAUGUGUCUGGGCACAAAGCACAUUCAUGACAAACGAGUGCUUCACCGAGAUUUAAAAUCUAAGAACAUUUUCCUUACGGACCACGGCACACUCAAACUGGGAGAUUUUGGGUCGGCAUGUGUUCUUAACAGUGCAAAAGGUUAUGCCCAGACGUACGUGGGAACUCCGUACUAUGUGUCUCCAGAGAUCUGGGACAACCAACCAUACAAUAACAAGAGUGAUAUCUGGUCUUUAGGCUGUGUACUCUAUGAACUCUGCACUUUACGUCAUCCGUUUGAGGCUCGUAGCUGGAAGAGUCUGAUUCUAAAAGUAUGUCGUGGGACAUACACACCUUUGCCCAGUCACCUUUCAUAUGAGCUCCACUACUUGAUUAAACACAUGUUUAAAACCAACCCUAGAGACCGGCCUUCCAUACAUACCAUCCUCAGCUCCCACCGUGUGUCCAGACUGCUCCACAAACACCUCCCUGAAGAGGAAUCACCCAAGAAAGAAACCAAGGAACCGGCAGAGACACGAAUAAAUCAGUGGAGAAAAGAAGAAGGAGAGAAGGUGGCUAUGUUUCUGGGUCAGAAGAGCUUAUUAAACACCUCUACAGCUGAAGACACACAUUUCAGAAAUUCAUCUGAGAAUCAGAGGGGUAACCGAAAGAGGUGGGCAAAAGAGCCCUCCAACACGGUGCUUGAGGUCUUUAGGAAUGCUGACAUCAUGUCCUCUGGUGACACUUCAUCCACACAGGGGUCCGACUCCACAAAAGCAGAGGGAUUUAUGAAAUUGCAAAAACCAGAGAGAAGGCAAUGGGAUAAGGAUCCACCUGAAAGACUUUUGAGCCUCUUGGAAAAAGCUCCUCUCAGCACCGCCUUCAACACCUACAUUAUCCACAGACACAGUGCUGAGCAGAAUGAUGUUCCAGAUGGUCCAGAGGAAGUUCACACUGACCAGACCAGACUGGAACCCCGUUCAGAUGAUGAAGACACGGAUUUUGAGGAGGAAUGUCAUUUUGAUUGGCAAGACGAGCUGGAGAAAAUGUUAAAAGAACACUAGACAUGUUUGUGUAUGCACUUAUUUAAAUAUAUAGAAUGUACCAUAAUGAACAGUUUUGUUUUAAUUUAUAUUGUAAAUAUAUGUGAUGACUGUUUAAGCAA